AUGGCAGCCACCAUGUCGCCCGGAGGUUUGCCGCCAAUUACCAGGCCUCCCGAGACUCUGCUGGGGCAGACGCCGAGAAAAAGGAUGGGGCACUGGAAUGCGGGCCACGAUGCCUUGGCGGCAGCAUCAGUUUGGCUGGACAACGUGGCGCGCGAGGGGAAACGGGUUGGAGACCGUCUGACCGUGGAGCCAGUCCUUCACAAAGGCGAUGUGUCGCUGAAGGAGCUCCAGGGCAUGUCGCAAGCAGUGAGGCGCUUGAUCGCCAACACGGGAGCCCUCACAGCGCGAGAGCUGCAAAGGGCCAAGAAGGAUCAGGAGCUCUUCAAGCCCUUGAGCAAGGAGGAGCUCGAGAUGAAGACGAUCCUGCAGCUCAUAAGUGAAAAAGCCGCCCAAAGGUUCAGCUCGAUCCGCAGCGCUUUGCGACACUUGGACGCAGACUGCGAUGGCAGCGUGGAUCGCAGCGAGGCAUGGGAUGGGUGGAUGACCACCCGGGCAGCGGGGGCAGCGGCCCGGCAAGCGGUGCGCUCGCAGUACUUCUUCGUGGUCAACGAUGACGAGGCCUUCUCCGUCUUUGGCCGGCAGGAAGUGCAGGAUAUCAACACCAUCCGCCAGGUAACCGAUGUUGGCUAUUUGGUCCUUUUCUUAUUGGUUGUGGCUGGCAUGCUCUGGCUGAACGCCUCAGCAAUCUCCUUGGGCAAUGUGCUGCGACUGUCCGAGCCCAUCGACUACAUGGGUCGUUUGUGCGGCUAUGAUGAUGAGGUGAGAGACAAAGCACUCGGUUACCAUCCGAACCCUUUCAAUGACAUGGUGAUUUGUGUCUCAUCCUGCCCGCAGACAGCCACUGAUGGAAGCUUUACUCUGCCGGACGGACCAAUGGGCAAGGGUUUCACCAGACCAGCAUAUCCCACCGCCAACAUCUAUGGCCAACUCUGUUUACCUCUGGACUUGGCACUUGCUCGCCUGAUUAUUUCUGUCAAGAGUGUCCAGACAGAGAUGUAUGUCGGCCUUGGUAUCAUUUUUACCUCGUCCGAUGGAGUUCUUCUUGUCCUCAUCAUACCCUUCAUCACCUCAGCCAUCUACGUUAUUGCACUCUUCUAUGUCCCCACAGCUACCACUGCCCUAGCUUUCAGCAUCACGGCGGUCACCUUGGCAUUGGUCGGCAUUUUGAUGGAUCUGGACAUGAGCGUCAUGAUGGAGAUCCCUUUGUUCAAGGAGACGCACCCGCUGAUGCUGAUGGUUCACCCGUACUUCCGCACCGCCUUCUACAUUGGCGGCCUGGGCUUCUUCUUGGUGCUGGCCACGAGCCUCUCGGCCAUGAGCCGCGCCGCGGUCUUCCGCGAGUGCGUGGCCGCCCUCGCGGACCCCAACGUGCUGGUGACCGUCUUCGCCGCCGUGGCCUUCUCCGUGCUGCGCAUCGCCUUCAUCCUCCACGCCUGCAGGAGCCUUGCGCUGCUCAUGAGCAUCGUCACGCCUGUGGAGGUCGAGCUGCGGCUCUUUGGGGAGGUGCACUUCGUGCCUCGUACUGCCUGGUCGCCCUUCUUCCUGAAAGGCGUCUUUUUCUAUGUCUUCGGAGUUUUUUGGGUCCUGGAGUUCCUUUCCUUCAGCAACAAGUACAUCACCUCCCAGGUCAUUUGUGCCAAUUAUUUCCACCUGAAGGCCCGCAAUGCACAGAUGCAGGAGAUCAACAGUGGGCGGCCUGCGCCCAUUCGAUUUGCCGUGUACUCCAUAUUCAGAUUUCAUCUGGGGAGCAUUGCCAAGGCUGCGCUGAUGUCUGCUCCCUGCCGGCUCCUGCGCAGCGUGAUCGGGCUGUUCGUGCCGGACAGGCCGAACCUCGACAAGUCCCUCAACCAGCAGUACCGAAUCGCCUUCUACCUCUUCUGGCCCCUGAUCAAAAUCGACCUCCUCCUCCUGCGCUUCUACAAAGACAGCGUGAUAGUGAUGCUGGCGCUGAAGGGUUUCAAGUAUAUGGACUCCGCUCGCCGCACGGAGGGGCUACUCAACAGAUCCCGGGGGAAGAUUCCGCACUUGACCAAGUUCACGUCCAGGAUCGAAACAUUCCUCAAGAUGAGCGUUGGGCUGACGAGCAUGAUCUGGGCCUUCUUCUUGUUCCGCGAGCCGCGGCAUGGAGUCUAUCACCAAGUGGAGACGCUCACAGUGAAAGAUUCCGUGUCGCAUAUGUUCGUGACGCCGGAGCACUCACCACUGCUUGCAAUGCCGGUACUCUUUCUUUUCGGUUUGUGGGUAGGCGAUGGUAUGCUUCACCUGAUCACGAUGGCAUCCAAUGCUCUGACCAUUUGCUAUUGCAUCGACGUGGAGAUGGUGGGCGGCACUGAGACGGAUGCCCUGUACGCACCCCCGGCCCUGAAGCUGGUCUACCGGGAUUUGGGCGGCGGCGAGUCUGAACGGGAGCUGGCGGUUCGACAUUUUUUCCGCGGCUACAACUUCACCGACGAAAUCGCCGACAAGUUCUUUGAUUACUUAGACGAGGAGAAGCUGGGGGAGCUUGACUAUGCCAAAUUUGUGAACUUUAUUCGGCCGUUCUUGGAGGGCGCCAUCAAUGGCACGCCGCUGACUGCGCGCGACUUGACAAAAGGGAAAGGGGCGCUGGACUACGUCCUGGAAGGUUUGCUCGAUGCAACUGAAGAGGGUCAAGAGCAGCUGGCUACCUUUGAUGCAAAGUUUCAGGACACGCUGAGGGUACUGGCCAGAAAGGUGCAGGAGCGGUUUGGCAGCUUGAGCGCAGCAUUCCGGCAUGUGGACUUGGACAGGAAUGGCAUCAUGACGAGGAAUGAGACGCGGUACCUGUUCCGCCUCUGCAACAUCCCGGAGGAGUUGGCCAACAAGUACCACAGCGCGGUGGACACCAACGGCUCCGGGGAGAUCUCCUUCCAGGAGCGAAGCUGCGAUGCUGGGAGUAGCGGCGGGGCUGGAGGGGCGCGCAUCAACCGGCCGAAGGUUGGCCCCAUAUGA